AUGAUAGCUAAAUCUAGUACAGAUCUUAGUGACCUUCACUCACACGUAUCAGGUGAAGCUAAGCAGCACGCAAUUUGGUGGUCUUGUGAUGUGAAAGCACUCCAAGCCACGAAAGCCACCCUGAAGCAAACCAGCGCGCCUGCGUCCAAGAAGACCACCAAACCGAAAGCACGCCGGGGAGCCACUGCAGUGACUGCGAGCGCAAACAAGUCGGCACCGAAGCGAAAGAAGAAGACUGGAUCAAGUGGCAGCACUGGACAUUCCGAGGCGACAGCGAGGACAGCUCAAGACGAAGAUGCAGACUCGGAUGAACAUGAUCAUUGUGAAGAACGUGAUGCAGAGAGCAAGGACCCGAACGCUCAGGCCAAGGCGAAAGGUGGCCGUCCCACCGGAGCCCAAGGCUUCAAUGAGUCUGAUACAAUGGCGCUGCUCACUCUUAUCGACGAAAUUCUCUCUCGUGGCGCCAACGAAUGGGAUCGAGUGCGAGAGCUGUACAACGAGCAGCAUGCAGAAGUCGAAGAACGAGCUACGCGCACUACCGACUCGCUCAAAAGUCGAUUCCGCCAUGUCCUAGCACCAGCCGCACCAAGUGAGGACACCAGCGAUAAUGACGACUUUGGCGAGGACAGCGACAACAGUGAGGGCGAGAAGGAAGACCACGAAAGCAAUUCAGGAAGCCAGAACACCGUUAAUUCUUGCCCGUCGACACAGGAGUCUUGUUCAGCCGUGGCAGCUUUUCAUCGUCAGCGCGACGCAAAGAGCAAACCACCACAAACAGUGGCUCCAAGCGGUCUCGUCAAAUCCAGCCGAAGGACCUUCAGCGAGGUUCCAAAGCCACCAAGGGAGAUGCAGCAGUUUUUGUCGGUCCAAAACGCUUCGCUUCAAGACGCAAACACAACGCUAAACACCCGAGUGGCGGUGCUGAUUGCGGAAGUCGACAGCAAGCGUGAUCGCAUAUUGGAUCUGCGCGAAGAAAUUCGUGAACUGAACGAUCAAAAUCGACGCAACGAAGAAACCAAUGCUCGCAAUGAAGAGACCAUCCGACGCCUUCGGGACGAUGUUCACCACCUCGAUCAAGAGAACCGCCGGCUGUAUGAUGAUAACUGUCGCCUCUACGAGUCGUCGCGCCAGUGGUAA